ACAUCUGUUUUUCAGUCACAACACAUCGUCGCGAGUGUAAACAAGGCAAUUUUGAACAACAAGAAGAACGAAACAAAAAAAAAUAUUUUAUUGUGACACCUUUUGUUCCCUUAUUUCAUUAAAUUGAGUGCAUCAAUGAGUCAAUUUACGUAGAAAAAAAGACAAUCUAAUUUCUUCUGAAUUAGAUUCGAGUCUAGAAAAAAAUUGGAAUUUUGUAGAAUAGAAUAUGAAAAGUGCAGUAAAUCACGAAAAAAAUCAUGAAGAAGUGCUCAAAGAAAAAUUAUUCGAAAAUAAUCCAAAAAUUCCUCCGGAUGGCGGAUGGGGAUGGAUGAUCGUAAUAGCGUUCGCAGUGGCAAAUAUGCUGCUCAUGUCCACAGUGAACGUCUUCACACUAAUGUUUAAGGAUAAAUUUAACGAUCUAGGAUUAAGUGCCACGGACACAACGCUCAUCAUUAAUCUAAAUUCCGUCGUUGGCAUGGCAAUGGGUCUCAUAAUCGGUCCCAUGCUCAAAAUAUUCGGCUACAGAAAAGUGUCAAUUAUUGGUGGUUCAAUAUUUGCUUUUGGUAUUAUCUUUACGGCAUGGGGCGACAAUCUCACGUAUUUUGUGUGCACUUACAGCGUUGGUUCGGCAAUUGGCCUUGGUUUGUGCUCGUCAUCGUUCCCGUUGGCUGUCAACACGUAUUUUAAAGAGCGUCGGACGAAAGCUUUUGGCAUCGCUGUGACGAUUUCCGGCUUGGGUCCGAUUAUUUUUCCGCAACUUAUUUCGCUGUUGUUGCAAUUUUAUGGCGAAACGGGUUGUUGUUUGAUUUUGGGCGGGAUUUGUUUGCAUGUCGUGGCGGCGGGACUUUUGUUGCAACCGAUAAAAUAUCAUUACAAAAAAGUUCCUGCGGUAAAAAUUAAAGAAACGGAAAUUCACAUUGAAAUUUCUAGUCAACAAGAACAGUAUUGUAGCAAAAAAUCAGAUUACGAUGACUCAACAAAAGAUAAGAACGAAUUAAAUUUGCUGGUCGAGCGAAAGUGCGACAAUGACGAAGACAAAAAAAGUUUAGGAAAAAUCAGCAGAAAUUCCUCGAUCGCUGCAAGUCUCGCGAAUGUCGAAGAAUUUUAUUGCAACGGAAACGGAAAUGGCAUCCAAACCAGUCAAUUACCUAAAAAACCCACAAGUAGCCUUUCACAAAAAAUCAUAAAACUUUUUGAUCUCGAUUUGCUCAAAGACUUGCGAUUUCUGAACCUGCUGAUGGGAAUUUCCAUUGCUGUCUUCGCGGAAAUCAAUUUUUCUCUCCUCACGCCGCUCAUUCUCGCGGAUCAGGGCUACAACAACGUCAGCAUUGCGAGUUUCAUGUCGACUCUCGGUGUAGCGGACAUCAUUUUCAGAUUUUGUGCGCCUUUUAUCGGGGAUUGGCUGAAACAGACGCCGCAAGUGAUGUGCAUUUAUAGUUUCGUGAUUGCGAUAAUUGGACGAGGAAUGGUGAUGUUUAGUACGUCGUUGCAACAAUUGCUGGCGAUUGCCGUGGGACUCGGAGUGGCAAAGGGAUUCCGGUCGGUUUAUCUGAACUUGGUGAUUCCGGCGUAUUUGCCGUUGGAGAGACUUCCGUCGGCGUCGGGCAUUCAAAUGGUGACCAAGGGAAUUAUUUUGAUCAUGCUGGGACCGUUAUUGGGUGUCAUUCGCGACUUGACCGGCAGCUACACAAAAUGCAUUUACAUUAUCAACACUGUGACCUUUAUCACUAUCUCGAUGUGGACCAUUGAGAUUCUCUACAUGAAACUAAAGAAACAAAAGUCGAUGACAUCACCCAGCAUCAAAAUUACUUCAAAUUCUCCAUCGUGACCUCUUCCAGUGAUUUCGUGAAUUAAAAUAUAAAAAUAAACUCAGUAUUUAUUUAUAAAAAAAGGAAAACUCAAAAAACUACUU